AUGGCGGCCGCGCUGUGCCCGUGCCGGGCGCUGCUCGGCCGGCGGCCCCGGGCCCUGCGCGCGCUCGCCCGCCCCGCACGGGGCCUGGCCGCACACGGGCAGACGCACUUCGGCUUCCAGACCGUGUCGGAGGAGGAGAAGGGGGAGAAAGUUUACCAGGUGUUCGAAAGCGUGGCCAAGAAAUACGACGUAAUGAACGACUCGAUGAGUCUGGGCAUCCACCGAGUGUGGAAGGACGUUCUCCUGCAUAAAAUGAACCCUUGCCCGGGAACCCUGCUUCUGGAUGUUGCUGGAGGGACAGGUGACAUCGCCUUUCGAUUUAUUAACUAUGUUCGUUCUGUGCGAGAGCGCCAGCUGCGACGGAAGCUCAAGCACCAUCAGAAUUUGUCCUGGCAAGAAAUUGCUGACAGUUACCAGGAAGAGGCAGUUAAGCCUCUUGGGGAUUCCCAAGUGGUGGUUUGCGACAUUAACAAGGAAAUGUUAAAAGUUGGGAGGCAGAAAGCAGAGCAUCUUGGCUACUCUGAAGGUUUGUCCUGGGUGGUUGGGAAUGCUGAAGAGCUGCCCUUUGGUGAUGAGAAGUUUGAUGUUUACACAGUCUCUUUUGGAAUCCGAAACCUAACACACAUUGAUUUGGCGCUUCAAGAGGCCUAUCGUGUGCUGAAACCAGGAGGGAGAUUUCUCUGCCUUGAAUUUAGUCAAGUCACCAACCCUCUCCUUUCCAGGCUCUACGAUCUAUACAGUUUCCAGAUUAUCCCAGUUCUGGGUGAGAUUAUUGCUGGUGACUGGAAGUCCUACCAGUAUCUUGUGGAGAGCAUCCGGCGCUUCCCCCCUCAGGAGGAGUUCAAGGAAAUGAUAGAAGAUGCAGGCUUUUUAAAAGUGGAUUAUCAGAAUUUGACAUCAGGCAUUGUUGCUAUUCACUCUGGUUUCAAACUGUGAACCUGACUGUGAGCAAAACACAGGAACUCUUUUUUUCCUGAGGACUCUGAAAGAUGUGCAAUUUUAGCUUCAUCAAGAUAGAAGAAGCUCUUGGGAGAACUUUAUUUUUUCUGACUGAAGAAAUGAUUCUUUAUUUAGCUCAAAAGCUGGACUUUGGGUUGAAGAAUUUAAACAACCGAUUCUUGCUCAGCAGUCACAUUCAGAAGGGCAGCUGCUUUCCCAUCCCACUUCUGUCCAACCUGGGAAUGAAGCGACUUCCAUGGCCAGUUUCUUACACUUGCAUUUCCCUUCAGGAGUGGUACAACAGGCACAGCCAAAACCGAGCAAAGCUCAUGAACGUAGCAACUUCACUUACCAAUUGUGUGGAUACAGAAAUAGACUUCCCAACAGUCUUCAGGCAAGAUGUCUCUUUUACUUUCAAGGGUGUUUACUUUCAA